AUGUUACAUGGAAGGGGCAACAAGAGUAGUGGAGAUAAUUUCCAUGCUGCUCCAAACGUUGAUCACUCUCAAGAUUUUGUGAGAAAGGAUAUCAAGGAAUGGUUACACUGGCUGAAAGAAGAAAUUGGUUAUGAUGGAUGGAGGCUUGAUUUUGUACGUGGAUUUUGGGGUGGUUAUGUUAAGGACUACCUGGAAGCAAGCAAACCUGCUACAGUUCCCCCUCUUGUGUUAUACUUGAAGCAACAAUUUGUCAUCCUUGCAGUGGUUUGGUUUAAGAAAAUUAAAAAGAAAAAAAAAAUCAAUUGCUCUGCAGUUCAGCUUCUACCAUUGACCUGGGCUUGCAUUGUUGAAGUAAAGAAUCUAGUUGAAACAUAA